AUGGGGAGCGGAGGUCGAUCGAUGAAGGGGUUGCUGUUGGGGAGCGGUUGCCGUUUCUUUCGGAGAAUCCCCAGGAACUUGAUCGGGAUUCACCGAAUGGAGGGGAGGUCGAUCGAUGAAGCUAGCUUGAAGAGAUGCGGCCGUUUGUUUCCGAGAAGCCCCAGGAACUUGAUCGGGCUUCGUGGAGUGGAGAGGAGGUCGAUCGAUGGAGGAGAUGCGGCGGCCGAGCUUCCGAGCAGCCGUAGGUUCUCGAAACGCCUUCGUCGAGUGGAGAGGAGAGGAGGUCGAUCGAUGGAGUACUACCGGCACCUCCUUUCGGGGGUCCUCCUCAGCCUCCUCGUCGCAGGCUUCACCGACGGCGAAUCUAGGAUUCGGCUGCCGGCGCCCUCUAACCGCGGUAGCAUGUGUGAUGAGCUCAUCCGACCGGCCGGGUACCCAUGCAUUGAACACACGGCCCAAACUACGGAUGGGUACUUGUUGGCUCUCCAGAGGGUUUCAUCGAGACAUGAAAAUAUCACCUCAAAUGUUGGGCAGGCUCCUCCCGUGCUGCUUCUACACGGCGUCUUUAUGAAAUAUUGGGACUGGAGUUGGCAGGAGUUGGCGAUGAAUGACCUGACGGAGAUGCUACACUUCAUACACGCCGAAACAAGCUCCAAACCUUUCAUUGUUGGUCAUUCUCAGGGGACUAUCAUGACGCUGGCUGGUCUGACUCAGCCGCAGAUCGUGCAAAUGGUGGAAGCUGCCGCCCUCCUCUGCCCAAUCUCUUAUUUGGAUCACGUUUCUGCCACUAUUCCCCGUCAAUUGGUCACUUUCCACGUCGAUAAGGUCCGGUACAAUUGCUGCUUCAACAAUUCACGCUUGGACUUCUACCUCGACUACGAACCAAACCCAACAUCUGCCAAGAACCUCGCCCAUCUUUUCCAGAUGAUUCGGAAGGGCACUUUUGCCCGGUACGAUUACGGGAUAUUCAAAAACUACAAGCUGUACGGGCAGACUACCCCGCCGGUGUUCGAUCUGGGGCGCAUACCGGACUCCUUCCCGCUGUGGAUGGGGUACGGUGGUCAGGAUGGUCUGGCCGACCCGGCCGACUUCAACCACACGCUCAGGGAGCUGCGCGACCAGGCCAAGUUGCACUACGUUGACCGCUACGGCCAUGCCGACUUCCUCUACGGCACUCGAGCCAAAGAAGAUGUCUACGACGACUUGAUUGGGUUUUUCAGUGUUCAGGAUUGUCAGGCCGACCCGGCCGACUUCAACCACACGCUCAGGGAGCUGCGCGACCAAGCCUUGCUACACUACGUCGACCGCUACGGCCAUGCCGACUUCCUCUAUGACAUUCGAGCCAAAGAAGAUGUCUACGACGACUUGAUUGGGUUUUUCAAGUCUGUAAUGGGCCGACAAUCUGCCACUGCUUAG